GACGCCUCUCUCUCGCCUUCUUCUUUCUUCCAAAGGCAGAAAACAUUUAGACGGAGUGAAAGCUCAGAAGCGGCGCCGAUCAAAGAGAAAAUGGCGGACAAGGCAGUGACUAUUCGUACCAGAAAGUUCAUGACAAAUCGUCUUCUCUCCAGGAAGCAAUUCGUGAGUAUUCUGAAUGCCUUUGAUUAAUGUGAUUUCAGUAGUUGAAAGGGUUGUGUUUUUUUAUUGUUAUGAUUUUUACUGUAGAGUUUGUUUGAUUUGUUUUUGGGCUUCAGGUCAUUGAUGUUUUGCAUCCAGGAAGGGCUAAUGUUUCCAAGGUUUGAACUUCUUCUGUUUAUAUUCUUAUAUAAAGUAUGCAUUUUUAGUAUUUGUAGUGAGAGGAGAUCCUUAUUCUAUUUACAUUUUUCUGUUGGCGGAUGAUACAUCUUAUGGAUAAUGCCUUUUAGCUUCUGUGUGGUUCAUUUUUAAGUUUGUCAUGAAUCCUAUUGAUAUAGGCGGCCUCGAUUAUAUUUUAGUAUCUAUGUUGAAAUGGUUCUAGGCCAAUUUGGAUUUUUGUUUUAUAUUAUUCUUCAUUUUGGUAAUGCUAGUUACUUUCACUAUAAUUACAUGUAAUGACAUGCUAAUAAAUUGACCUACAGUUAGCAUUACUCUGAACCCUAAUGGCAUCGGUAAAGUGAUGCUCAGGCAGUGUAAUUUUAUAGUUUGGGGAAUCUAUUUUGUUAGUUAAGAAAAUAUACAGUACGGAGUGAUGGAAAACUUGAGGAUAGUGACCAGAGUGCUGGCUAAGAAACAUGUAUAUUCUCCUUUAAAUUUAGUUAGUCACGUCGAUGAAAGGUCUUUUGUCUGGGAUGAAGAGAGGCAUAGGACAGGGCUACUUGCAUUUAGUUCUCUUUAAGCUUUGAAUUGUAUUGCAGAAACUCAAAUGGUUUGAUUAUGAGCUAUAGGACAAAAUAAUAGAGUGAUAAGAAGUUCUAUUCAUCAGUGUUUUCUGUUUGCCAGUAGUAAUGCUUGUAAGCUGCCGUAAUGUUUUGCAUCAGUCCCUGUUUGCUAAUGGUGUUUUAAUUUGUUUUGUAUGCUGCACUAUAGUUUUAGAUAAUUUGUUUCCUAUGCUUGUGUUCUGUGUCAUUGAUUUUGUUUCAUCUGUACUGUUCCUUCUCAAGGCUGAGUUGAAGGAGAAGUUGGCUAGGAUGUAUGAGGUUAAGGACCCAAAUGCCAUCUUUGUGUUCAAGUUCAGGACACACUUUGGAGGAGGCAAGUCUACUGGGUUUGGAUUAAUCUAUGAUUCCGUAGAGAACGCAAAGAAAUACGAGCCCAAGUAUCGUCUCAUCAGGAAUGGCCUAGAUACCAAGGUAGAGAAAUCUAGGAAGCAGCUCAAGGAAAGGAAGAACAGAGCCAAGAAGAUCAGAGGUGUAAAGAAGACAAAGGCUGGAGAUGCUGGAAAGAAGAAAUAAGCUUUCAGCUGAUGUUCUUUGGCUUGCUGAGUUUACAGAGAAAUGGAGAUGUCUUUUCUGCAUUGUUCUGUCAUGUGUUACUUGAAAUUGUGAUUUUUUUCUGUUCUAGAACUUUUGAAUGAAAACUGUUGACAUGUCUAAAGAAACCUUUAUCUAUUAGUUGCUCUCUAUGAAUAGUUAUUAGCUGGUUUUGAAUUGACCAAGGUAUUGUCAGGUUCAUCUUGUCUCUUCAUUUCUUUGAACCUAAGAGAACUUUCUGGUACCGAUGAUUGUUUUUUAAUCUGCGCUGAUAGAGCAAUAACUUGCAUCGGAUAGUAGGAUUCAACACACUUGUUGUUAAAAUGAAAAACCAUGAUCAUAAUUUUUACUGGACGAGACGAUUCUUGUUUUUAACUGGCAAUUGAGUUAGUAAAAAUCUUCACAAGC